AUGUCAACCCGUCGCUCGUUGUACUAUGCAUGGUGCCUGUUGUCGUCGUCAAAAUCUGUAGUAGAGAAGUCAGUUCCAAUGGCUGGGAAAGCUUUUAAACAAUGGUUUGAUGCAUCACCAUUAGUUGGAUCAGCUUUGAAUAAUUGUCAGAUGUACCGGGAUAAGGACUGGGAUGCAGCUAAAGUAUUAUCGGAGCAGAUCAGACACAGCGGAUCUAUUGGUACGAGGAAACCGUUUAGUGGAAAGAGGCAGUAUUCAACCACAGCUAGAGAUAAAGACAAAACAGAGGAAUUGAAAAGUUCAGAAGUUCCAACAUCGAGAAUUUCAAGAUUAUUCCAUUAUGGUUCUUUAGCAGCAGGUGUUGGGUUGAAUGUUGCCAAACAGAGUAUCUCCGAAGUUGCUAAGGGUAAAUCUCCUCAAUGGAAAUCGAUGAUUCUUUCUGAUGCUAAUAUCGAUAGAAUUACAGCCAAAUUUUCACAAAUGAGAGGUGCUGCAUUAAAAAUUGGUCAAAUGAUGUCAUUUCAAGAUGAAAAAUUACUUCCAAGAGAAUUAUAUGAGAUUUUGAGUCGUGUACAAAACAGUGCAAACUAUAUGCCAAAGAGACAACUAGAAAGAGUAAUGACAAGAGAAUUAGGUCCCGCAUGGAAGUCAAAAUUUAUCAACUUUGACGAAAUUCCAUUUGCUGCUGCAAGUAUUGGCCAAGUUCAUAAAGCAACAUUAAUAUCUGGAGAGGAAGUUGUUUGUAAAGUACAAUAUCCAGGUGUAAGAGAUUCUAUCGAUUCAGAUUUGAAUAAUUUAUUAAUGCUAUUAACUGCUUCAAAAUUAUUACCAAAGGGCCUAUUUUUGGAUAAAACUGUCGCUAAUGCACGUAAAGAAUUGAAAUGGGAAUGUGAUUAUAUCAGAGAGGCUCAAGCGUUACAAAAAUUUGGAGAUUUACUUCAAGGAGAUCCCGUAUUCGAUGUUCCAACAGUCUUUAAAGAAUUAAGUACGGAAAAUGUAUUGACUAUGCAACGAAUGCCAGGUACAGAAAUCAUGAAAUUACCAGAUGCCACAACCAAUCAAGAGACUCGAGAUUUCAUCUCUGAAAAUAUCAUGCGGUUAUGUCUAGAAGAGAUUGCCACAUUUGAAUAUAUGCAAACAGAUCCUAAUUGGGCAAAUUUUUUAUACAAUGAUAGAGGACCAACCCCUAGAAUAGAAUUAUUGGAUUUUGGCGCAUCUAGACCUUUCCCAGAUGGAUUCAUUACGAAAUAUAGGAAACUAUUGACGUAUGCAACGUUGGGAGAUCGUCACAAUGUGCAAAUAAUGUCAAAAGAGCUAGGUUACCUGAAUGGUCUUGAGUCACAAGCAAUGAUAGAUGCUCAUGUAGAUAGUGUUAUGACUCUUGGGGAACCCUUCAGUGGCGAUGUGAACAAAGCAUUUGAUUUCAGAGACCAAACUGUUUCGGACCGAAUCCGUGGUAAUAUUGGUUUAAUGCUAAAUGAAAGGUUAUGUCCUCCACCAGAAGAAACUUACUCUUUACAUCGUAAAUUUAGUGGGAUAUUCCUACUGUGUGCACGUAUGGGAGCACGUGUUCACUGUGCAAAACUCUUUCAAGAAGUGUUUGCCCUGCAUGAAUAA